AUGACAAUGAAAAAAAUCUUUAAUCAUUCCAAAGGUGGUGAACCUUCAUUCCCCUGGGAUUUGGAAAAGAACUAUACCAUUUCUAACAUUCUUGGUAAAGGUUCCUUCGCAGUGGUUAGAAAAUGUACAGAUAAACGAACUAAUGUUGAUUAUGCACUAAAGAUAAUUUCAAAAACUGUCAUUAAAGGAAAAGAACAAAUGUUAACAACAGAACUAGAUGUUCUGAAACAGGUCAACCAUCCGCAUUUAGUAACCCUGCAUGAAUUAGUCGAAACCAAGGACGAUGUAUAUAUCAUCACCGACCUUGCUAAUGGCGGUGAAUUGUAUAGUCAACUCGAACAAAGAGGAAAUUACACCGAAAAAGACGCUGCACAUCUUAUAGAGCAAAUUCUUGAAGACUUGAAACCAGAAAAUCUCUUGUUCAGCGAUGCAACGUCUCCAAAUCCCAAAUUAAUGAUUACUGACUUUGGUCUUUCUAAAAUCCUAAAACAUCACGAUGAUGUAUUAAUGACUGCGUGCGGUACACCGGGCUAUGUUGCACCUGAGGUCCUAAGUCAAAAAGGUUAUUCGAAACCGUGUGAUAUUUGGUCACUUGGUGUCAUUCUUUACACUAUUUUAUGUGGAUAUACUCCAUUUUGGGGUCACGAUCAAACUGCCUUAUUUAAUUGUAUAUUAAAGGGAAGUUAUGAAUUCGAUGAAGAUUAUUGGGAUGACAUAAGCAACGAAGCCAAAGAUUUAAUUAAUAAAAUGUUAACUUACAACCCGGAUGAACGAAUAACGGCCCAUGAUGCUUUAAAACAUCCUUGGUUUGAAUACGCUGCUAAACUGACUAUUGAUAAGACUAUUGCUAAUGUCCAUCAAACACGUUCUCGCUCCGACGGCGUUUCUUAUCCUCGUGCCACACUAAAGAAAGCCAUUCAUGUUAUUCAAGGUGUGACUAGGAUGCGAAGAAUAAGUAAAACUCUUGUGAAUAAAUAUCAUAAUGUAUUUGAUGAUUAUACAAAUGGUAUUAUUGGUGCCGGUGUUGAUUACGGUAUAAGCUCUAUCGCUGAAGAAAAUAAUGUUUCAAAUCCUAAUGUUUCAUCUCAACCAUUAGGAAGUUCUGGCUUAUUAGGUUCGGAUCUUCCUGUGGCUAGAUCAAAUACUAUUACUCCUAUUUCUGACUUGUCAAUGUCAAAUCAGACUCAACCUACUGAAUUUUAUAUUCAUAGUAAUAAAUCUGAUUUAGAUAUUGGAAAUAUUACUACUACAGACAAUCUAAAACUAAAUAUUAUUAAUUCUAAUAUUUCUCCAACUUCUUCUAUUUUUGAUUAUACCAAUAACUCUGUAUCUUCUUCACGUCCAUUUUCUAUUACUCCAACUACUCCUACUGCAAGCAAUUCUAGUACACAUGCUAUAAUAGUAUAG